CCAAGUCAUCUGAUACAACAAAACAUUCCACUGAUAGCCAAUCCGCGAUGCAGCCCAGGGACUGGCAAGAAAGGCCAUAACAGCUACUGGCAAAAUAUUGACAGUUUCUCCGAAACUCGGGCUUAGUUUUUUUGUGACCUUGGCUGAGUAACACCAGUAAGGAUCGGAAAUACUUAGCGCCGAGCUAGGGUGUAGUGAAGUCGGGGAGAGGAGGAGGCGACCGUCCGGACAGGAGAAAAACAAAGAUGGCUGUGUAGUUAGAGAGUAGUCCCAGCGAACUGUCUGAACAUAUCUCUGCCUUUUCCAAAACUGACACUUCCCGGGGGCCGGUGGAUAGUGAGCUGGUACAGGGGUAAAGCCAUUAACCGAUCUGCCAAACCGGGCAGUUGCUGAACGUCCGCUCACGCGCUGGCACGGCAAAUAAAAUAAUGGACAACACAAAAACAUCUGACGGGGUGUUUUGUUAUAGCUAGACAGCGGAGAGAACUGGAGUGUUUUGUGAGCUUGAUACCUAUAGCCUAGUAGCUAGCUGAAUUUCGCCUACCUGCCAACAUCGCUAAAUAUCCAUCUACAAAAAAACGAUCAUCAAAUAACAAUUUAGGAUAUUCCAGAACGUUACGCGAGGGUUCGUGAUUCUAAAUUCCAAGCGCGUUAUUGCGUAACAUUGCCUACGAACAGGCACGCUAUCUAGCUAGCCAACUGACCCUGAGCUGGGUGGCUUGGUUUUCCCUUGCCUGUGACGUUAAACCUGCCAGCUAGGUAACAUUUGUGACGGGUAGCUAGCUAACGUCUGACAAUCACCACCACCCACCAUGUCCUCGGUGGAAGAGCGGGGAGAGGUGGGCGUCGCGGCCACCCCAGGCUCCUCCUCAGGCGGCCUGGGUGUUGUGGCGGUGGGGGCAGCCCUGGAGGCAGUCGUCGGGGGGCCGUCUAUGCAGGAGGAGGUGAGCAUCCGGAGAGGAGAGGGGCUCGGUCCCGAGUCGGAUCCGGACGAGCCGCCGCCCAAGAAGCGGAUGAGACUGCCGGAGGGAGAGUCGGGAAAGCUGGAAGAGAGGCUGUAUUCAGUCCUGUGCUGCACUGUAUGCCUAGACCUGCCCAAAGCCUCCGUGUAUCAGUGCACCAACGGUCACCUGAUGUGUGCUGGCUGUUUCAUCCACCUGCUGGCUGACUCUCGUCUGAAAGAGGAGCAGGCCACGUGUCCUAACUGCAGGUGUGAGAUCAGUAAGUCCCUGUGUUGUAGGAACCUGGCUGUAGAGAAGGCUGUGAGUGAGCUGCCCACAGACUGCCCCUUCUGUCUCAAACAGUUCCCUCGCUCCAGCCUAGAGAGGCACCAGAGAGAGGAGUGUCAAGACAGGGUGACACAGUGUAAGUACAAGCGGAUUGGCUGCCCAUGGAAGGGGCCGUUCCACGAGCUGCCGGCCCACGAGGAGGAGUGCUGCCACCCCACCAAGACUGGCACAGAGCUGAUGGGCAUCUUGGGGGAGAUGGACCAGAGCCACCGCAGAGAACUAACCCUUUACAACUCCAUAUUCUCCCUGCUCUGUUACGAGAAGAUUGGCUUCACAGGUAGGCUAGAGGUCCAGUUCCGGCCGUACCGCACCGAUGACUUUAUAACCCGUCUGUACUAUGAGACUCCUCGUUUCACCGUGUUGAACCAAACCUGGGUUCUGAAGGCCAGGGUCAAUGACUCUGAACGCAACCCUAACCUCUCCUGCAAACGCACCCUCUCCUUCCAGCUCAUCCUCAAGAGCAAGGUGAACUCCGCUAUAGAGUGUUCCUUCCUGCUGUUGAAAGGUCCGUACGAUGACGUGAGGAUCAAGCCUGUGAUCCACCACCACGCGUUCAGCAACGACACCAACGAGACAGACUACGUCCCCCUGCCCAUCACCGACUCUGUGGAGUGUAACAAACUACUGGCUGCCAAGAACAUCAACCUUCGACUCUUCAUCUUCCAGAUCCAGAAAUAGACGGGAAGGGGAGGGAGGGGAGGGGAGAGAGG